CCAUAAGCUCCACCUCUCAGCCCACUUUCCCAAAAUAAAUAAUUAACUAAUGAGAGAGUUAAUUAAGCUGUUCCUUUGGUUAACUAUCUUGCUUAGUUACUUAACCGCCUUUCUCUUACUCUACAAAAUUCCUAACUGAAAAAAACAGCUUCAAAUUUGUUCUCCUCUUGUUUCCUGCUAUAGAAUAGAAGUGAAGUGAAGGAGAAAGCUUCAGAGAACUAAAUAGCACUGGAAAAUGGAGGAGAAGAUUUCGAUGUCUUUGAAGAAUCAUGAUUUUCGUUUCUUUAUUUCGUCUUGAUUGCUCUUUUUGUUUGUUAUUUUGAUUUGGAAAAAGAAAAAGAAAAAGUAAAGAGUUAAAAGCAAUGGAGUCUCGAAUGGAUCAUUACGAGAUCAUGGAACAGAUCGGCCGUGGUGCUUUCGGCGCUGCCAUUCUCGUUCACCACAAAUCCGAGAAUAAGAAGUAUGUACUGAAGAAGAUCAGAUUGGCGCGGCAAACGGAGCGUUGCAGGAGAUCGGCACAUCAAGAAAUGGCACUUAUAUCACGAGUCCAGCAUCCUUACAUUGUUGAAUUUAAGGAAGCUUGGGUUGAGAAAGGUUGCUAUGUUUGCAUUGUUACUGGAUACUGUGAAGGUGGAGAUAUUGCUGAAUUGAUGAAAAAAUCUAAUGGGGUCUAUUUCCCCGAGGAGAAACUCUGCAAGUGGUUUGCGCAGCUUCUUCUGGCUGUUGAAUAUCUGCAUUCAAAUUUUGUUUUGCAUCGCGACCUAAAGUGUUCCAAUAUUUUUCUUACCAAAGAUCAAGAUGUCCGCCUUGGGGAUUUUGGACUUGCCAAGACUCUGAAGGCAGAUGAUUUGGCUUCCUCGGUAGUUGGAACUCCCUAUUACAUGUGUCCUGAACUGCUCGCAGAUAUUCCUUAUGGUUUCAAGUCUGAUAUUUGGUCUCUGGGGUGCUGUAUGUAUGAGAUGGCUGCUCAUCGCCCUGCUUUUAAAGCAUUUGACAUGGCAGGGUUGAUAAGCAAGAUAAAUCGUUCCUCUAUUGGCCCUUUGCCUUCUUGUUACUCUCCAUCCUUGAAAACACUUAUCAAGGGCAUGCUAAGAAAGAAUCCAGAGCACCGACCAAGUGCAUCAGAGCUUUUGAAGCACCCUUAUUUGCAGCCAUAUGUUGAUCAGUAUCGUUCAUCCUUCAGCUAUCCUUCAACAAAUUGCUCCUUGGAUAAGCAUAUUUCCACUGGUCGUGAAUCUCGUGAUAAUAGGAAAAAUAUGGCCGAGAGUCAGAGCAGUAAUAGCUCAUGCAGUGAUAAAGAUAGUUUACUUUCAAGUGACAGAAACACUGCCACAAUGGUUUCAAAUAGCAAUAGUAAGGCCACUGACAGAGAUUCAAUUUCUAAUGAUGAAGAAGGAAGCACUGAGCAGCACCUGCCAAGUAAAGAAGAGAAUGGCCCCAUUGUUUCCACAGGCAAACUUGAUGAAAAAGGAAUGACGAAACCUUCUUGUAUGGAACAGGGAUCUAACGUUCAAUCAAAGCAACCAAAAACCAUCAGAAAUAUAAUGAUGGCUUUGAAAGAAGGGAAAGUAAGAGAAAGUGGUUCCCCAAUGAGAGGCAGCCGUACAAAAUCUGCAGGUGGAUUGACUCAAAGAAAUAAUGUAGAGGCAUCACCCAAAGUUCUCAAACCCCCUGCUCCCAGUCCGAGUUCAAAGUCUAAUGCAGAUACACCAACUGUUGCUUCAACAAAAUUGCCAUUAGAUUCUGCAAAAAGGAUACCAGGAUCACACCAUUUGAAGCACCAGUUUCCUUUAAUUGAAUCCUCCCCAAAGGCCAAACCUAGACAUGAAGGGAUUCCUCAGCCUGCGCCUGGGACGCAUGUUGCUGAAGAUGGACUACCUUCUAAGCCUAGGCAAACAACUCCUCCUUCCAAUGUUGCAAGAAGAUCACCUAUUACUGGAAGAAUAAAACAUGCUGAAAGUGAUGUUUCAAAUGGGGCAAGUAACGGACCAAAGUUAGGAUAUAGUGAGAUAAACCAGGAGUGUGAGGUUAUUCCUUGUCAAAUGCUUAAUGGUCGCAUUGCAAAUGCUUCUAGGGGUGUAAAACCAGAGGCUGAGAUAGCUCUAAUGGCAGGUACCAAGGGGGCGCAAACAGAUAGCAACAAUUCUGCCUCAUCUUCAAUCUCAAUUCAAGCAUUUGAGGUAUGUGAUGAUGCGACAGCCCCUUUCAUCGACAUGACAGAACAGGUGCAUGAUCACGAGACAAUCACCGACAUGAAGAGCUUGGAAUCAUUUCCACCACACAGCUCACCUGCUCUGAAAUCAGACAAGCCUGAAGUUCUUUUGAGAGAAAGCUUUGGGUAUGACCAUAAAUCAAUCAUGUCUUCAACUGAAGAGUCUGGUCCAACCAAGGAUCUUUUUCAUUUUAAUUCAGUUGAUGCAAAAGUGAGUCUGAAUGCCCCUGUGGACCUUCCAGGCGCGGUUUCAGAAGAAAUGUAUGUUCAUAAAGAUGAUUCCACUUCAAGCUGGACAAUUAGCAGGCAUGAUGCUUCAUUAAUUCAGACAAGUUAUAUCAACGAUGCUCCUUUAAGCGGAGUAAAUAGAAGGGAUGGUCUCCUUAUAAGCGACACAAGUAGUAGGGGUAACACCUCAAUAAGGAGGCCGAGUAGCGGUGAUGAUCCCCCUAUAAGCAUAUUAAGCAGCUGGAAUGAUACCCCGAUAAGCAGGUCAAGUAGCAGGGAUACCCCUGUAAGGGGGCCAACUAUUGAAGAAGAUUUCCCCAUUAUCAGGUCAAGUAUUAAGGACGAAACUGUGUCAAACGGACCUAGUAGCAGACUUGAUAUGAUGCACCAUUCAAAUCUUUCUUCUGCAUCCAGCAGCGAUGACAAGUUCACUGUGAUGGAACUUGUCUCAUCAGUUGCAGGAAAUAUGCCUUGCAGUUCCCAACCAAUUUCUUCUACCCAAAAGAACACACAGCCAGAGAAAAGAACAAAUGAGCACAACCCAACAAUUGAAAAACCAGCAGUGACCUCUCCUCCGGUUUUCGAUGAUGUUAUACAUGUUAUAAGGCAUAGUAGCUUCCGUGUUGGCAGUGAGCAACCGGGGAUGGAAAAAGCGGAACCGGGUGUGGAUGUUGGGAAUUUCAUAAAUGUAGUGAAAGAUGAAUUGAACAUGAGAAACAUGACUAGUCCAGUGACCCUUAAGUCACCAAGUUCAAAAUCAAUUGUUUCAGGUUAUGACGGUGUUAAGGAAGAAGAUAUUAGGAACUCCAAUUCCUCAUCUCUAGAAUCUGGUUCAACAGAGGUGGUGAAGGAAGAGGAGACAGCAGAAAAAGAAACAUUGGAUGUCAAGUGUGAUAGGCAAAGGGCAGAGGCACUUGAAGGACUUCUAGAAUUGUCUGCAGAGUUACUGCAAAAUAAAAGACUGGAAGAGCUGUCAGUUGUUUUGAAGCCAUUUGGGAAAGACAAGGUGUCCCCAAGGGAGACAGCCAUAUGGUUGGCCAAGAGUAUGAAAGGGAUGAUGAUUGAGGACUGUCGACGGAGUUCAUGAAUCAUUCCUUUUUUUUUUCCCUUUUACAUAUCAAGGUUGGCGGCCGGAUCAAUUGCAAUUAAACGCAUUUAGUGCCUGUUUCAUGAAUUACUGUUCCUGGGUAAGCUUUUAUUGCCUGGUUUAUUCACAUUGAUGUCGUAAAUUGUAAGUGUUGGCUUCUUAAUUAACCAUUCAUAUCUCCUUUCACCAUUCCCCACAUGUAUUUCUGAAAGAACAAAUCAGAUGCUGUGUUUUCACUUCAGUUCUGUAAUUCUUUGAGUGCAUUUUAUUGCUGCUGUUGUUGUACAUAGUUGAAAAUACGAACCAAGUAAACUUCUUCCUAGACA